UAUAGAUCGAAUGUUAUUGUCACGCAUUUCGUCAUAAAGCAUCUGUCACAGAUUGUAGUUCAUUCAUGUUCGAAAUGUUCUUUUUUUCCGUAUUAACCAUGUUCCACCAUAAUUCGAGGAAACGGAAUUUUUAACAAGAUCAUGGCACUUGUGUCUGCCUUUAAAGACUUUUGUAAAACGGUAUUUAACGCAUGUAACAUUGUAAUUCCCUUAACAAUUAUUACAAUAACUGCAUUUAUUUCGAUCGUAUUCGAAAGCUUCUUCUGGGUACUUGUCAUAUGUGGUCUGUACAUAACAAGUGUUUUUUAUGGGCUUGUUAUAUUGGAGUAUAUCGGUGUAGCACUUGUGAAUUUAAAUGCACUAAGCGACACAUUUAAUCCAACCUAUGAGAUUAAGGAUCCGUGCGGCGUUUGCAGUAAAAAUAACUGCAAGAGGCACAAAUUGUUACCACAUUCGACCAAGGUGAAGAUACCAAAGGAUCUUGAUCAUGCAUUAGAACAGCUUCUAGAGGAUUUAUUACAGAAAUAUGUUUGCGCAUGGUAUUCGGACUUUUCAGCGAACGAAGCUUUUGUACAACAGCUUCGUUUGGCCGCAGCUACUGCAACGAAAGACAUUGCAGUCAGACUGUUUCGUACAGACGUGCCCAACGUCAUAUUCUGUCACUUGAUACCUUUGGUCCUGCAGCAUGCUCAAGAUUGGAAAACAUUCAGCGCUAAAAUGAGAGACAUAUCUGACACAUCCUGCUUUGGAAAUCAAUUGAUCGAUCAUUUUGGUCGUCAGAUACAUCCGGCGAGUUACUCACGUAAGGCGGAAUUGAAUUAUCUGAGAGGAGCUGUAACAGCGAUUGUACCGUAUUUAUUACCGGCUAUUCAUGUGUCUACUAACAACAAAGUCAUACUCAGAGAAAUUUUGGCUAACUGGAUCUUGCUGCCAGCAAUAGACGCGAUUGCUGAUCCGGAUAAUAUAAAUGCACUAGUAGUAUUGUCGACUCAUCGUGAUGGUUCAGUGUCCAGUCAAGUAGACACGGUUAACGUACCGAUGUUGCAAUACUGGGUAACGAUCCCUACGAUGUCAAAAAUCACGCAGAAUCGCCUGAAACCUUCGUUGGACGAAAUUUUGAACGAUCCUCGGUUAUUGUACAUGUUUAUGCAACACAUUAAAGAGACUGGUCCCAUGAAUCUCUUUCAAUUCUGUUUAGACAUUGAUGAUCUAAGUAAACGUAUGUUAAACCCAGAAAUGAGUUCGAACGCGGAGAAUACUUUGUACACGGAUAUUCAAAACAUGUAUGCAACGUACUUGGAUCCUGACGGUCCAGAAUAUCUACAUUUACCGGAAGACAUAUCGAUGGGUAUACGGCAAAUUUUAGAAAGAGGUUCAAAGAAAAUUCAGGAGAUGAGAACUUCACGACCAUUUUACGAAGCACAUCAAGAAGCACAUGCUUUGUUAGAAUCUACUUGCCUACCACCUUUCCAUCAUAGUUAUCAAUUGUAUGAUUUAUUAUGCGGACAGCCAGACCCAAGUCGAGUUAAACAAUCUCCACGAUUGAGUGUUACCAGUGGAUCCGCAAAUGCAACUUCAAAGCUUGGAAAUCAUUUUCCAAAGAUUGACAGCGUUCUGAGAUUAUCCACGAUUGAUGGGAUGCCCUAUCAGGACAUGUACCAAGGCGAAGAGAUAGAUUACCCUUCUCGUUCUUACAACGAGAUCAAAUAUUCUGAUGACAGUUUCCACAGAGAUUUAACAACAUGGCGAGUUAGCAUUCCGCACAUCGAAACCGGAGAUAAUCAAACAUUAUACGUCAUUGCUGUCAACAACAUUGCCGAGGGGAAGUCCUGGACUGUGUUGCGCCGUGAUCAAGAUUUCUAUAUCUUACGAACACGAUUGGCAGAGUUUCACGGUGACAAAGAAUUGAGCGACUCGCCAUUACCAUCGAGGAAAAAUCCUCACUCAUCUUGCGCCAUUAAUAGACAAAGAUAUGAGGACUUUUUGGAAAAAUUACUGUCGAAACCAGUGCUCAGAAGCAGCGAAUUAUUGUACAACUUCUUAACCAUGCCAAAUUUGAAACCUUAUUUCACCAAUUAUAGUACGCCAGAUAUUGGCAUAUUGUAUCAAAGUAUGGCGUAUAAAUUACGGAAGGAGAAAGGACAAAAUUUAGAUAAAUUUAUGGCAGUGUUUUUGUCUUCGACUAACAUUAAGAAUGAUUACACUGACAUUGGAGUUGAACCGUCGAGCGACGGUUCAAAUGUCCAAGAAACGGGGAGAAAAGGACGCCGUGAUUUUUUAUUUGGAGCAUUCGGCAACAAUCUUGACUUGGAUCUUAACUUCAAAACUUUGCCUUCCCCUUCAUUGGAACGAUCUCACGUUAAAGGCGCCUCGUUCUGCAUAGUGGAUGCUGUAGUGAGAUUACUGAAAGUUCCAUUGGUGAUUUCUCGAAUUCUAUGGAUGUUCGCCUCGUCAUCACGCGCAAAAGUUGAUCCAUACGUCAACGUUCUGCUUUACAACGCUUUGGCGAAACUUCUAAGCGGUGGUCGUGCAGCAAACGUGGUGAGACUUCUGCACACAAGAGUUUUAGGCGAGAAGAAAGACUUGCCUGCUCAAGCGAAUCGUCGAAAUUACUAUGAAACAGCAAAAACUGGACUGUACGGUUUAUUACCUUGUUGGUUAAUGGGAUUUUACAAACCAUGGACUGAAAUAAUGGAUUCCAUUCUGGACUCGUUACAAAACGCACCCCUUAACAAGCAUCUGGCGUACGUUCUUCUGGAUCAGAUUUUGAUAAAUAUAUUUCCAGAACUCACCGUUUAAAUUUUUAUCGCGAACUUACAAAGGUUAUAACGUUACUUAACUAGUCGUGCAAACGUGAUUAAAAAAAAAAAUGUAAGGUAUAUAUGACAAUUUGUAUGUACAAUAGCAAUAAGUAGUUUUUUAAUGAAAUUAUUAUACUGUAAAUAUAUGUAAUGUUCUUAAGUAA